AUCACACUCUACCAUGAAGCUCCUGAUACUUGUCUCCUUGGUUGCGGCAGCCGCCGCCGAGAAACGCCCGGCCUACGGUCUACCAAGACCUUCUGGUCCAGGUCUCAUCAUAGGAUCAGGUGGUGGAGGCUUCGGAGGUGGAGGCUUCGGUGGUGGCGUAGGGGCCGGGGGAGGAGGCUUCGGUGGUGGCGUAGGAUUCGGUGGCGGCGCAGGAUUCGGUAGCGGUGCAGGAUUCGGUGGCGGAGCAAGAUUAGGUGGCGGCAUAGGAUUCGGUGGCGGCGCAGGAUUCGGUAGCGGCGCAGGAUUCGGUGGAGGAGUAGGAUUCGGUGGAGUCAGCUGUGGAGCUGGACAGGUUCGUCAUGUGGACGGAAGUUGCGUGACUCCUGUUGUCACCAGAAACGCAUUUGUGUAUACUGCUCCACCAGUGGCCCCAAUCGUCGGUCCACGCCCACAUGUUCCCCCACCAAGGCUUGAACACAACAUUAUCUUCAUCCGUACCCCAGAAGUUGGACUUGGUCAGGAACCCAUUGUGGUGCCACCACCUCAACAGAAGAACGUAGUGUACGUCCUCAACAAGCGACCAGAAUUGGAGCAGAAGGUCGUCCACGUCCCAGCACCAGCACAACAGACUCCAGAAGUAUUCUUCGUCAACUACGGAGAGGGCGACAACCCGACUCUACCUACAGGAGAGGAUCUCCAUUCUGCCCUCGGUGCUGCUGCACACGGUGGCGGUCAGGUUAUUGGAGGCGGCAUUGGCGGUGGCAUUGGCGGUGGCAUUGGAGGUGGCAUUGGCGGUGGCAUUGGAGGCAGCAUUGGCGGUGGCUUUGGAGGCGGCAUUGGCGGUGGCAUUGGAGGCGGCAUUGGUGGUGGCCAUGGAGGCGGCAUUGGUGGUGGCCAUGGAGUUGGAAUAAGUGGUGGCCAUGGAGUGGGCAUUGGUGGUGGCUUUGGAGAUGACUUCAGUAGUGGUGAGAGCAGAGAAGGUGGCUUCAGUGUGUCGACCCCGUCUGGUCUCUAUUCCACACCGUAAAUAUGUUAACACCGCCCUCUCCCUCAGGCUCCGGCCCUCGUACUGUAGGACGGAACAACUUAUUUUUUUUAUCUAAUUUCCAGUUUAGCUAAUCCUUCCACUUGUGAAAUAUUUAUUUUAUCCAAGAGAUGUAUUUAUUUAAUAUGACAAACACUGAUGUCAUCUGCUGUAAACAAUGGCUACGAUAAAAAUAAAACCUUAUUUAUA